UUCCACGGAGGAGCAGAGACACAGCCUGCGUUCACCGAGGGCGAGGAUUUCAGCCCCUGAUAUACACGCUACGGGAGUUUUUGUUUUCUCUCCUUUAUGAGGAUAAAGGCGACACACGAAACACUCGUAAAGGGCAACUCCUUGUGGACACAUUCUCCCUCCCACCCCAGCCGAGGUCGUCUAGCUGAAGAGCUGGAGAGCCAUUCUCCUGCGUGGCACAAGUCUGCUGUUUUCUUUCAGCUGCAAAUCCCGAUUGACGGCGGAAAUAAGUCCGACCCGAGGAGCAGGAAAAUUGGUUUAAAAAGCGACUUCUCACCGCGAGCCAGGACUGCUUGGUGGCGAUAGAGACCUUGUGCUGGUUGAAUGGCAUAAGCAAAAAAAGGUUUUUCAUUCAUUUUCCAACCUCGCAGCCACCACCCCUGUGGAUCUGGACGUGUUUUCUGUCCCAUACCUCCCCUCACACACUCAAUCACACGGGGGAUUAUUGAGAGCGACACUGGCGUAAAUGUAUUAUGGUGUUAAAGGCUGCCAAUAAUAACAUUUAGCCUGGCAUUUUGAAAUUGUUAUUACCAGGCCUGAUCGCACUGUACGCGCACUGCUGUUUUCAAGAGAUGGAGACUGAAGAUGGGGAUUACCAUCAUUUAUCCAGGAAAAUCACUGGCGUGUGUGCCAUACCAGCCGACGUCAAAGUGCCCUGUGACUGGCAAAAAUAGCAGACUGUUUUAGUAUUUUUUUUCUCCAUAGGAAUUCCCUGUCAUAACGUGGUGUACACAUUUAUUUAUAUAUAUCUUUUAGAGCAAAUCCUGGAAGCCACGCAUUUGCAGGCUACCACGGUGUAGCCUUUUUGGGCUACAAACAUUUAUUGCUCCUCUUUUUCAUUUUUUUUUUUUUAAAGAAGCCAACGUGUACAACCUUCUUUAUUGUAUUUUAUUUUUUAUCCCUGCAUUUUUUAUUUUUUUUGAGGGGUGAAUAAUGUUAAGGAACAUGAGAUCUGACACACUGAUGGGUAGCCCGACCUUGUUUUGGGGUCUGAUGCUGUCUGUGUCCACUAUCUGCAUCUGGUCCACACAUGGAGAGAUUUGUGGUCCGAGCAUCGACAUCCGGAAUGACAUCAGCGAGUUCAAGCGUCUGGAGAACUGCACGGUGGUGGAGGGCUACCUGCAGAUCCUCCUCAUCAACGACAAGACCAACAACAUCAACCAGGAGGUCUUCCGCUCCCUGAGCUUCCCAAAGCUGACCGUCAUCACCGACUACCUGCUGCUGUUUCGCGUCUCGGGCCUGGACAGCCUCAGCAUUCUCUUCCCCAACCUGAGUGUAAUCCGCGGGCGAAAUCUCUUCUACGACUACUCCCUGGUGAUUUACGAGAUGACCAGCCUGAAGGACAUCGGCCUGUACAAUCUGAGGAACAUCACCCGGGGAGCCGUGCGGAUUGAGAAGAACCCUGAGCUCUGCUACCUGAACUCUGUGGACUGGUCCCUUAUUAUGAAUGCUAGGUUGAACAACGUUAUAAAUGGAAAUAAGAAGGCAAAGGAAUGUGACAAUGUCUGCCCUGGCAUCAUGGAGGAUAACCCUCUUUGUCAGAGGACGUCGUUUAAUGACAACUACGACUACCGCUGUUGGACCUCCACGCAGUGCCAGAAAGUAUGCCCGGAGAACUGCAAGCUGUCGUGCACAGACAGGGGGGAGUGUUGCCACAGCCAGUGCCUCGGCAGCUGCACUGAACCCAACAACGACACGGCCUGCUCCGGCUGCCUCCACUACUUUCACGAGGAUCACUGCGUGCCGGACUGUCCCCCAGACACUUAUAAGUUUGAGGGCUGGCGCUGCAUCAGCAUGGACUUUUGCUCCGGAGUGCACCUGACCGGAGACCCUCACUUUGUCAUCCACGGGGGAGAAUGUACGCCUGACUGCCCCUCUGGCUUCACCCGCAACGAGACUAAUCGAAUGUUAUGCAAUGCCUGCAAUGGCCCGUGUGAUAAGCCCUGCACAUCCCCCGUCAUCGACUCUGUGGAUGCUGCUCAGUCUCUGAAGGACUGCACCGUCAUCGAAGGCAACCUGGACAUCAACAUCCGACGUGGAAUUUUUGUCAACAGGAAUAGUGACAGAUUGGGAAAUGGAGUCCUUUAUGCGUCUGUCAACCCUGAGUACUUCAGUGCUGAGAUGUACGUCCCCGAUGAGUGGGAGGUGGCCAGGGAGAAGAUCACAAUGCACAAAGAGCUGGGCCAGGGCUCCUUCGGCAUGGUGUACGAAGGCCUCGCCAAGGGAGUGGUCAAAGACGAUCCAGAGACACGAGUCGCCAUCAAAACGGUCAACGAGACAGCCAGCAUGAGAGAGCGCAUCGAGUUUUUAAACGAAGCCUCUGUCAUGAAGGAGUUCAACUGUCACCAUGUGCUCAAUACUGAACUGCAAGAUGAAAGCCUUAAAACAUACCAUGCAUGUAUAUUACUGACCCUUUUUAUAUUGUUGUACCUCACUUGCAGGUUUGAGUUGAUGAGGAUGUGCUGGCAGUAUAACCCCAAGAUGCGUCCGUCCUUCCUGGAAAUCAUCAACAGCAUCAAAGAGGACCUGGAGCCUCCCUUCAGGGAAAUGAGCUUCUUCUUCAGCGAGGAGAACAAGCCGCCGGACACCGAGGAGCUGGACAUGGCGGUAGAAAACAUGGAGAACAUUCCACUGGACCCUGUUUCCACCAGGCAGCCCUGUGCUGCUGCCGCCCCCUCGUCGGGGGGGACGGGAGGGACGCCACCCCCCUCUACCCAGCAGUUAUCCCCAAUGCAAGGCCCAAGUACUCCGCUCCUGGGAGCCGUGUCUCCUUCCCCCCCGGGGCCAGGGGCCUCAGCCUUGGCGUCUCCAGGCCAGGCCUUGGACAAGCACUCAGGACUUGUAUCGGCCAACGGACCCGUGGUGGUCCUUCGGCCUAACUUUGACGAGUUGCAACCCUAUGCACACAUGAAUGGGGGCAGAAAGAACGAGCGGGCGUUACCACUGCCCCAGUCGUCGGCCUGCUGAUAUCAGACCAGCUCCCCCCCCCCCCCCCCCCCUCCCCCUCUUACACAGGGUAACACAAGCCUCUCAUCCAUUUCUCUAGGAGAUAUGGAUGAGCUACUGUGUGCCAGUAGAUGAUCUCUCCAAUCCUUUAAGGUCAAACAUAAACCAUAAAAACAUUGAAUGAGUACAGAAACCUGCAAAAGCAUUUGGAGUUUGGUGUGUCAGACUCGACACUGGGGUACUCCUUCCUGUGCCGCCUGUAUGUCGGUCCUUCAAGAAGGAACCACUGCAGGCAUGUGUCCUGACAGAUUUAGAGAUGAACUUAAAGACAACCUUUUUUUAGCAUAUCUGCCAGCAAAUCCAACAGAAGAGCACUUUUUUCCUGAUGAUUUCAGAGAGGAUAUUGUGGAUAUCAGAGAGUGUAUUUAUACAAAACACGCGUUUCUCUCUAUUAUAUGGCAAAGCUCCAUUUCUAAAUGACUUUCCAUCAAAAUGACUUUUGUUUGCAUGAGCAGACCGGCUCAUGUGAUGUGAGGAUGCCUCAAUUAGACAGUUUUGACUAAGAUCAUUGUUUCAUUUUCUUAUGAUAUGUCUAUGAUCCCAUCAGAAGCGGGUCAAAAUGGAAGAGGAGGGCCUGUUGUGUAUCUUCCAAACUAUUGCCAAAUCAAUUUUACUUCCUUUCUUCGGUUUCAUAUAGGUCUCCUUUCUGGUUUAAGGCUGUGAUUCAGAGUUGAGAUAAUAUUGUCUAGAAAAAACCCAACAUUUGUUGGUGGUAUUCAGACCUGAUCUUUGAGACUAGCUGAUCCUGGAGCAGCAGUCUGUGUGUCUUAUCCCUGGACAGAGGACAGUGUUAGCCUUAUGAUACUUGGGAAACUUGGGAAAAAAACUGACAUGUUGACAAGUGAAUUGUUUACACAUGGAGAGACCAGCAUACAAGCAGGACUGUUGCAUAGAGGAUUAGAAAUGCAAGCACAGUCUUUAAAGAUAUGUUUUUCUAAUCAAUUAAAGGUCCCCUAUUAUACUCUUUUUCCACAAUAUAUUAUGGGUCUCAGAUAUAUAUACAAAACAUGUCUCUGAAGGGUUUGGCUCUAAAUCCCUAUGAGAUCCUGCAUUGUAGCAUCCCAUAAUCCCCUCUGUUUCAAAAGUGCUGAUUCUGUGUCUGUAGCUUUAAAUGUGCAUGAG